AUGGAUAAGUUUCAUCCUGGUACUACUACAUCUGUUUGGAGAAAACUAAAGCAAAAGUUUCCUAAGCUUUCAGAAGAAGAUAAAGAUUGUGCCAUGAGACAAGUAGAGAGUCAAUAUAAUAAUCGGCGUUACCGUCUACUUCAAACUUACCGAAACAACAAGCCAAGGCCACAACAUGUCUCACCAGAAGGUUGGCAAUGGUUGAUAAGGAAUUUGUGGACGGAUGAUGAUUUUCAGCGAGACCCAGAAACUGGUGAAUGGCCUACUGCUAUGCAAGUUUGGAGGGCUACAUAUCAAAAGGCUCAUGGGACAUGGUCCAUUCCAAUGGGUGAAGAAAUAAUGACCAAACUACAUGAAGCUACUAGGAUACAUCAAGAAAAGAUUUCUUCUGCGCCCGUGCCAAUAGUGGAGCACUUCACACCAGUUCUUGGUUGA